AAGAAAUCUCAAGACGGAAGCAUGAAGUAUGUCUUUAUUGGUGGGACCCUUCUUCGCAGUUGUCCUAAGAACCCACCCAACAUCACGUAUUUUGCGGUUCAAGAAGAAGAGAUAUCAAAGAGAUGUAAUUUCGAUUUUAUUGCUGAGUGUGGUUCAUUUAUUUUGCUUUUGGGGGAUCUCAAAUCAAGUGGCUUUUUGCAUUUUUAUCAAGAUCAAGAUAGAGAGAGCCAUUGGAGGUUGAGGAAGUGAAGUUUACGUUUCAUUGAGAUCUGCAGCAUUUUCGUUUUGGGUUGCUGGGUUUUUACUUUUCUGAUUCUGGCUUCUUCCCAGAAUUCUGAUUGGACAACAAAGUUUUGGUUUCAUUCUCAUUCAGCUUCAUUUUCUCCUCCAAGUGCUUAAGAGGGAGCUGAAUACUGUUUAUUUACAGAGGUAAAUAUGGAAAAGAAAAAUGCAAUCUCUCGAUACAGAGAGAGGCUGGACAAGACAUUGUCUUGUACUGAACUGACUGAUCCCGAAAUGCUUAAAACCCUAGUCAAGAAUCAGAUUUAUUUUAGUGAAGAUUUACUGGGCAAUAGGGCUCGGGCUUGGGAAGUAUCGAAUCUUCUAGACAUGUUAAGGAGUACUUGUAUUGAUGAUCGUAACGUUUCAAAAUCCAGUGAAACAUCACAUGGUGAAUGGAAAUUGAAGCACGAUAAUGAAGAGUUCCGUGUUAUGUACCGUGAAGGACCUCAUGGCACUGCGUUUCAUACAUUACUUGUUGAAGGCUAUGUCGAUGGGUUUUCUUGUCAACUAAAUCACAAUUGCAAAUGAUCGGCAUUGUCUUUGGGUUUACCGGUUUCGAUCUGUGGAUGUAAUGCAGGGAUGAAGAUUCAAAUUCUUUUGCUAGGGAAGCUAACCAUAACAAAGAAGUAACGGUUUCACCAUUGCCAAAUGUAUUGAAACCCUUUGAGACUAACCAGGUUGCUUUGAGUUCCUACAGGAAUGGAACUGUGGAGGUAAAUGGGUUCCAUGAAAAUGGUCUAACUGAAGUUAAAAAGUUGAGUAACCGGAGAAAGCAUAGGUUAGGUUGCUUCGGCUUCAAUUCCGGGUAAUGUAUGGUCUGAUGCCUCAACCGAGAUGGCUAGGACUAGAUAACUUCAUCAGCAAGCACCACUUUUUGAACCGCAGAGAAAAGGGAAGACUUGAGAGUGGAUUUUCUAACAUCGUAUAUUGAAUCAUCCCCAUGAAUAAUAUAAUUUAAUAUAAUGUAUACCAUAAGCUUUUUAUUUUCUUCUCUUAUCUAUAAUGUAAUAUAAUGUACAAUAAGUGCGAAAAUGUUGUAAAUCCAUUGAUGUUUAUAACUCCAUUAAAUUUAUCUUAUUGUAACUCCUAAUCAAUAAAUGUUCAUAACUCUUAAAUUUAUUAUCUUAUAAUCCU